AUGAACAUGUCCACGGCGGAAGCGUACGCACCUGAGAAGGGCGAGGGCGUCGGUCCCACUACUACUACGUAUACCGCUGCGGUGUCAGCCGAUGGUAUUGUGCAUGGCGAUGCGACGUUGGAAGAUCUGGGGUCGGAUGCGGGACAGCUGGAUGAUCUUGAGGUCACCGAGGAGGACAACCGGCGGAUUUUGAGGAGGAUUGAUUGCUGCCUCCUCCCCGUCCUCGCCAUCUCGUACAUGUUCCAAUUCCUCGACAAGCAAGCCAUGGGCUACACGGCCAUCCUCGACCUGCGCAAAGACCUGCACCUAACGGGGCAAUCCUACUCGUGGGCAGGCAGCAUCUUCUACUUCGGCUACCUCGCAGCCUCCUGGCCGAUCGCGCACCUGCUCGUGCGCUUCCCCGUCGGCAAGACGCUCGCGUCGUCCGUCUGCGCGUGGGCCGUCGUGCUCAUGCUCAUGGCGGCGUGCACCAACGCCGGCGGCCUCCUCGCCGCGCGCUUCUUCCUCGGCAUGUGCGAGGCCGCCGUCGCCCCCGGGUUCAGCGUCGUGACCUCCAUGUGGUACAAGCGCAGCGAGCAGCCGCUGCGGCACGGCGCGUGGUUCAUGGGGAAUGUCGUGAGCGGGUUGUUUGGGAGUAUUCUCGCGUACUCGAUGGCGAAUGUGAGGAGUGAGACGCUCGCGGCGUGGCAGGCGGUGUUUAUCAUUUUUGGCGCGUUCUCGCUCGCGUGGAGCGUGACGCUGUUUUGGACCAUUCCGGAUAGCCCGACGCGCGCGUGGUUUUUGAAGGGGAGGGAUGAUGCGAAGAUUGCGGUGGCGAGGGUGAAGGGGAAUUUGACGGGAAUCAAGAGUCGGGAGUGGAAGUGGGGGCAGUGCGUCGAGGCGUUGAAGGAUCCGCAGGCGUGGUUGUUCGUGUUGAUUCAGCUGUGCGGCAAUAUCCCUAAUGGCGGUGUUACGACGUUCGCCUCCGUCAUCGUCAACGGCCUCGGCUUCAGCGUCAAGCAGACGCUGCUGAUCGGCAUGGUCGCCACGGCCUUCCAGGUCGUCUACGUGCUGCUGGCGGCCGGCGGCGCGACGCUGCUCCGCAACACGCGCACCUACUGGCUCGUCUGGAACUUUAUCAUCUCGCUCAUCGGCGCCAUCAUGGCGCGCGAGAUCGACCCGACCAAGCACAUCUGGGCCAAGUUCUUCGGCUACUGCCUGCUCAUCUGCUUCUCGGCCAACUUCCCGCUCAUGCUGAGCUUGACGGCGGCGAAUGUGGGUGGGUUCACGAAGAAGAAUACGGUCAAUGCUAUGCUCUUCGUCGCUUACUGCGUCGGCAACAUCAUCGGCCCCCAGCUCUUCUUCGACCGCGAGGCCCCCACGUACCAGUCGGGCUUCCUGGCCAUGCUGAUCUGCUUUGUGCUCGGCAUCAUCUUCAGCAUCGCUCUGCGCGUCUACUACAUCUGGGAGAACAAGCGUCGCGAUGGCAAAGCCGCUGUCGGCAGCGACGGACUUGGCGGCAACGCCGAUAUCGCCGAAGCCGAGAUCCGUCAGGAGUCGGCCAUCAUGCUCAACCUACUCGAUCGCACGGACCGGGAUCUGCCGCAGUUUAGAUAUGUGUAUUAA